AAUCCUUCAUGGAUUCCUAACGCGCCGUAGCGUCGCAUAUUGCCAUGGAGCGCUACAAGGGCGGUAUGGAUACUCUUCUGUUAGGUACCGCCGUCGAGGCGGUAUGACUUUUGGUGAACUUUGUCGUCCCAGUACUUCACAUGAGCGCUCUGUACAAAAUCAGAUAGUUGACAGAGUUCCUUUUGACAUGGUUGACGAUUGGCAGGAGUGCGGUGAGCACGUAAUGCGUGAACGUCUAUCUCAUAUGCCGGAACCGUUUGCGGAGGCAACGCAGCGCUAUAGUAGUGACCCUAGGGACUACUUGAUUUCAACGGUACUCCGGCACUGCGCUAACUCAAAGUCGCGUGAUAGGAACCUCCAGAUUGAACGAAGUCAAUAUAUGAUAACAGUGGCGGAGCAUAUAAACGAGCAUCUUGGUACCUUGCUUGCUGCGGAGUGUGGUAUAUUACUAAGAUGUUUCUCUAAGCUUGAAUAUCGCAACUACGUUCUUCAAAAGGCACUGAUUGAGCGUAUAUUACAUAGGGGGCAGUUAUUUAGUCCUUAUGCUAGCGUAUCGGCGGUUGUGACCCUUGGGGAUGGUCUCUCAAGUGGACCUUCAUCUUUAUGGAUAAGCAAUAUAAGUGACACUAAUAGGUUAUUACGUCGCUUAAUUGCAUUGAUAAAGGUAAACAUCGACAAAUUCAAACUUAGUACUUUAUCGAGGUUAACAAAUGCCAUAUCCAGGUUAAAUUCAGAUGUCAGUGAUCUAUUAGUUUGUAUAAAAAACAACGUCGUAGAAGAACGGUUGUCUGAGGAUUUAGUUAACGAGUGGACAGAGGAAGUGGUGCACUUCAUAGCUAACGGCUUUUCUCGGAAAGGGUUGCUUGACAAGGUGUUAUUCGACUUUCUGCGAGAUAGGAUAUUGGAGUCAUGCCCAUCAUACAGCGUAGACACCUUAGUGUCACUCUGCAACGCAUUUUCCAAAUUCGGCAGUGCGUACGACGUUGGGUACGUCGAGCUGUUUAGCAGCCUUGGCGACGAAAUUGUAGUACAGCGUAGGAAUUUGACCAAUAGGCACGUGUGCGUUGUGUCUAAUGCCUUCGCAAUGUCCUGUAUAUUCCAUGAAACAUUACUUCAGGUACUAGAUGAAACAUUUGUUUUUGCCAUUGAUCAAUAUGACGGUCGGCAGAUAGCUAUGAUGAUCCAUGCAUUCAAUAAGCUAGGAUACCGAUCAAGUAACCGCGAGUUCAUAUGGCGGACAUGUACAAAGCACUUGGAAUCAUACAAUUGGCAAGGUUUAUCCAUGGUCUUGCACGCAUACACCAAGGGUGAGCUGCGUGACGAAGCUACAACUAAUAAAUUCUGUCACCGAUUGGAGGAGUUAUUCGACAAUCUGGAGUCAUCCGAUGGCGUUAUAUCUAACUCCGUAGACGUGCCGCAGCCAACUACAUACGUAUCAUUGGUAUACUCCUUGGUAAAGGGUAACAUAUUCCACUGCAAGACGCUUUAUCGUUAUUUAGCUAAGGGCUGUCUAAGCAAUAUUGGAUCCUAUGAACCUGAUGAAAUCGCAAACAUCGCAGUAGCAUUUUCCAAGAUCUAUCGAUUGGAAAUGGCUUCAAGCAGCCAGGACUCAGUGCUGACAUCACUGACUCGCGAGAUUUUAGAGGGUAUAUCGCAUCGCAUUGCUGACCCAGCGGUAUCGUUCACAGCCUUUUCAAUGGCCAAGGUCAUCGAAUCGCUGGGUGAUGCCGGCGUGCCACAAAGCGCACAUGCCAUUCUCGGGCUCAUUAAGCGCAACAUCCUGAUACUUGAUCGGUUGUCAUACACCCAUAUAACGGCAAUAAUUCGUGCACUUUCCACACUAGGAGUACAUGACGAGGAUGUACUUGCUGUUUUAAACUCCCUAAAGCAUACAAAACGUGUGCGCCACGAUACUGAACUAGUGGCUAUAACAAACUGUUAAUUUCAAAAACUUGAUGCAUAUAAAGAUCUAGUAUAUCAAGAAUUAAUAGAAGAAGAACGAAUUAUUCUGCUCCCAUUUCAUCGCUUUAAAAGACGAGAAC